AUGUUUCACCACGCCUUCAAAUACCUCCUUUCCACCCUCCUCAUGACCUCCCUCGCAUCUGCUGCGGCACUCCCUCCCUCGCAAGCCCUCUCGCCCCGACAGGGCUCCUGUCUAUCCGCACUUUCUGCCCCCAACCCUGUCAACACUAUCGGGCGCCUCUCCUUUCAAUGGGCGAUCGACCAGCCGGCACGCACCCAAGAAGCAGCCCAAGCCUCAUGGUCACCCAGCAACUUUGUCGACUUCCACAUGACUGUCCCGACAGACAUCCUCAUCACUCAAAACGUCAAUGUUACGGUUAUAAACCGCAGCUCCAGGUCCAACGCCAUUAUUCUUACAAACUAUCAGGAUACGAGGACGAGUACAGCGCCGAGGGCGCAGGUCAGAGUGGCGGUGCCGGCGCAGACACGUGGAAAUGGUGUUCGUAGGCUUGGUAGGACAGAGACAUGUUUAUAUUUGCCACGUCUUGACGGUACUUGGUAUUUCCAGCUUGAGCAUGAUUGA